ACAGCCUAUCUACGCCCCAAUACUGACAAAAAGCAUGUCUCAAAACACGUGGUCUGUACUACCACAUGUUGUGUACUUCUUUUUUUUUACCUUUUGGAAGUAUCAAAACAACUUUCCAGACGGAAUCGUCCACUGGAUCAAUAAGGGGGGAGAGAAAAAAGUUAGUUAAUAAAACUACUAAUUAAUUCAUACUACGAUCUUCAUGAAGCUUCGAUCAUUUAAAUUUCGAACCAAAAUCACAUUUUGUGCCAACUUUGAAUUCGAAUUGUUUAUUAUGACUUUUGGGUGAAAUUUCCUAAGUUCAAAUCAUACAAAUAUUCUGAAUUUCACAAUGGAAUGGUUGGAAUGUGGAGAUCACUUUUAACUUGCCGCGCCAAACUUCGGCGCUGAGCUCGAUCGCAUGCGCCAAUUUUAUGCAUGCAAGUUGUGUACGCGAUCGUCGAUCGAGCGAGCAGAAAAUCGCGCUGUGUUUCAGUAAUUGAGAGUAAAAAGGAAUUAUAUCACCUGAAUUUGAACAGAAUGUCGAUCAGAUCGCCAUUUGAUUUGCAAUGAAUAUGUCGGAAUCUCAGUCAUCGCCAACCCUUGAGAGUGCAGGCAGCUCACAAGCCCCCUCUCCAGUAACCGGUGCACCCAAUGCACCAAGAUAUGGAACCAUCAUUCCAAACAGGAUAUUCGUCGGUGGAAUUGCAUUUAAUCAGACAAGCGACGCAGAGCUCAGGAAUUUCUUCUCGGCCUUUGGUCAUGUCAAAGAGGCCAAGAUUAUUGCAGAUAGAGCAGGAGUAUCCAAAGGGUAUGGAUUCAUCACAUUCGAGACGCCAGAGGAAGCACAUAGAAUUCUAAAAGAUCAGGCAAACUGUUUAGUUUUCAAAGAAAAGAAGCUGAACAUUGGGCAAGCAAUUAGAAAGCAGCCUCUCAAAUACCCCAAAGAUGUUGACCCAGCCCUUAUUCCAAGCGGGAUGGUCUUCCAUUCACCGAGCGGUGGGUACAGCUACACGUACCACAACGGAGUGGCGUACUUCAAUCCUUCGGACGCACAGGCGGCUACGCACGGUCAUCCAGGUCAUCCAGUACAGACAACGAUAGCUGCACAUCAUCAUCAUCAGCAGCAAGCACAGCCCCAGUAUGCACCGUACACCGUCCCCUUCAUGCUGCCUCCUCCAACCCCUCAGCAGUACAUGACAAACCAACAUCAACAGUUUGCCUACCAACAGCCCCAACCGGUCAGACAGCCUGCACCACAGUACCAGACACAGUGGAGAUGGGUACCUGCACAGGCCCCAUCUGCAGCAGCGGUGAACGGCGGCAUGCUACCGGUCUCCCCGCUCUACCCCAACCCUCCCCAGCCCCAUAGCCAUGAGGUCAUCUACCAACAGGCCCACCAUUACCAGACACAAGAGAUUGGAGAGGUGCCUAUCAUGGAACCCUCAGCAGCAGAGGGUACCACCGUAGUACAGACUGCUGAUCAUAUGCCCACCCAAGUCAUCAGCCGUCACCAGCCCUACCUAGGAACCACUGAACUCCAACAGGCCACCUACACCACCUCCUACGACCCCAACACCAUCCCGACCUCCAUCGUCCAAAAGGUCACGCCCAAGUUCACCGGGAAGCGCCCCAUCAAGAUGCCGAGACGCGGGGACCGCGCCGUCAAGACGAUCCGGACGGACAUCCCCGGGCAACCGUGCACCUCCCCCAUGGGCUACCCGACCAUGAUGAUGGCCGCCCCGCCCCGCAUGGACGAGGCGCUGAUGAUGAACCUCAACAGCACGGCUCAUAUGGGGGUUAGCGCCGCCCACAUGGCUGGCCCCGCCCACAUGGUGAACUCCACCCACAUGGGAAAUGCCACCCAUAUCACAGGAGGCGGGGACAACUGAUUGGUGACGCAUCCCCUGUACUGUAACCCAACCCCAUCACUUCACCCCGCCCAUUUAGUACACCCUAGGUCCCACCCAAAUGGUGCUUUACUUGCUGAUGAGGGUUAAACACGUGCCUUAAUUACCCUUUAUUACCAUGCUUGGGUGUGAUUUCAAAGUUAUCUGGUGACAAAAAAAAAUGUAUACUGUGAUUUAUAUAAUGUAAAGUAGAAACUAAGCCUUUUCUUUUGACAUAUCAAAGUACAUUAAUUCUUAGACGCUGUAUAUAUUUCAUUCAAUAUUCAACUCGUGAUCACAGAAGGUCAGAUAGAUAUCUGACACAUUUUAGUGAGUGACAUCACUAAAAUAAUAUUUUUCUUUUUUUCUAUCAGGGUAUAGUGCCUUUCAUUGUCUUCCAUGCCUCUUUCUAAACAUGAAUUCAUGAUGCAAUUUUGGAUCAGCUGAAAGGGAAUAUCAAAGCAUUUUGUGCGAGAGGCUUUUAAUAGAGACGGCAAAAUUACGGGUUUUUGAUUGGUGUAAUCGUUCUGCGCUAAGUCUAAACGCAUCCCUCAGCGGUGUUAGUCAAUGUGCAAAUUUAAGAUAUGAGUGCAAGAUUAUAAAACGAUAGGUGCCAAUGAAUCAUUUAUAUGUCUUGUGCUAAGUCUUGCGAGUGUAGUAACACAAUUACACUAAAGUGUGCUCUGAAGUAUGAUUCAUUUGUCUAAAAAUAUCGCUAGCUCCUUGCCACAUUUUGUAAAGUGCUCAUACAAAAUACAGAGAGACAGUAUUCAUCUAUUCAGAAAUCAAGCUAUUUAAUGUUCUUGUAAAUAGAUAUUAAUGUUCAUCUCAUUUGUUCUGCCCCUCUCAAAAAUGUCUGUGCCUUCCAUAAAGCCUGAAAUAAUGAAGCAAAGAGCUUGCUUUUGUGUAAAAUCUUGCCCUUGUGAAUAAUAUCUCUAAAAACCAACAUGCCUUGUUUAAUUUGCAAUGGUAUUUUGCUUCACGCUUAAUACCAGUUGGUAGCACUUUCAAAACACCAUGGUUUCUUUGGGUUUUGAAGUUCUAUUAAAACAAUUGAUAGCUAGGUAAUAUGCCCUUUACAUAGAACUUUAAUGAGUACAGAAGCAUACUUUUGCACUGAGGCUUGCCUACUCAGUUUGCAGCUCCUAAGCUGCAAAGAGGCUGAAACAUACUGAUGUGUAAUUAUAUCAAACAAAGUUUAUGUUAGAAAUACUAACAGCCUUUCAUUGAAUUGUAACAAGUGAGAAAAAAAUCUAGUAUUACACAAAGGUCACAAUUUUACAAACUAUUUUGUAAUGCUUCCUACUUACUACUAAGUGCCCGACUAGCAUGUGCUCUAA